CUUCGAAAUUCCCCCCGCGGUCACACUGAACACGUGUUUCGAACCAAAAACCGCAGUUUAAAUAAUAUAUCCACGUUUUUAACAGAAAAGCCAUGGUUAAAGUGAAAGUAGAGCGCUCCGAGGAUGCCGAUGAGUCCGUGGUGGCCAGCGGCGAUGUUACCAUCAAGGAGGAGGAGUCCUACGACGACAAGCUGAUCUUUGUAAACGCCAUCGCGAAACCGAUGGCAGGUAAAAAACUGGCCAAAAAGUGCUACAAACUGGUGAAGAAGGCCAUGAAGCACAAGACUUUCCUGCGCAAUGGAUUGAAGGAUGUACAGACUCGCCUGCGCAAGGGCGAAACAGGAAUCUGCAUCUUCGCUGGCGAUGUUACACCUGUGGACAUCAUGUGCCACUUGCCCGCCGUUUGCGAGGAGAAGGGCAUCCCGUAUGCCUACACCCCAAGUCGGGCGGAUCUGGGAGCUGCCAUGGGCGUGAAGCGCGGUACAGUCGCCUUGCUGGUUCGCCAGAACGAUGAGUACAAGGACCUGUACGAUGAGGUCAAGGAGGAGCUGUCUGCACUGAACAUACCCGUCUAGAUCUGUAGGAUUAGUUCCACCUGCUAAUUAAGUACCUAGUUAAGUUCAAAACGUACCAAUAAACUUCAGAGAAUGCCGAUUCUUUUGGCAUCCCCAAAUCAAA